AAGUGCUGCCUGCUGUGGGAGGUACAAAAUAUGGUCAUAUGUGGACCUGAGCUCCAGGAAUCACAUACCCCCCCAGAUUUUGCCUCCGUAAAUAGAAUGUGGCCUCAAGGGAUCAUAUUUGUGGCCCUGCCCCAGCUGGGACCCAUCCUUGUCGGUCUCCUUGUCCCAAAUACGUUGUCUGGUUGGUGUGACGGCUUGAGGAUCCUGCCCUGGUGCCCACCCUACAAAGCCUUGUUGCUUGUGUGGACAACCAUCUACUCUGUCAUGGGCUAUGCCUCCUACCUGGUGUGGAAGGACCUGGGAGGGGGCUUCGGGCGACCCCUGGCCCUUCCUCUUGGCCUCUAUGCUGUGCAGCUCGCUAUCAGCUGGACCGCCCUGAUUCUCUUUUUCGCAGCCCACUCCACUGGUCUGGCCCUGCUGCACCUGCUGCUGCUCUAUGGGCUUGUAGUGAGCACAGCGCUGAUCUGGCACCCCAUCAACAAGCUGGCUGCCCUGCUUCUGCUGCCCUACCUGGCCUGGCUCACCGUCACCGCUUCCAUCGCCUACCACCUGUGGAGGGACAGCCUUUGUCCAGAGCACCAGCCUCAGCCCACAGCGGAGAAGAGCGACUGA